UUCUGCUUAUAUUUGGCUACUCAUUCGCAAAUUUCUAUACACCACGUAUGUUCGACAAAUAGUGAAACCGUGCCGAGAGAACCAAACUGGAUACUUGGAGGUUGGAGGUCGUGGGUUCGAAGUCGGUUAAUGGCAAUUCGUUAAAUGAAAAUCUUUAACACAUUUGUCUGAGAGAACGGUCAAAUCUCGUCUUGGUCUAUACUCAGAGGUUGUGGAUCGGGCUGAUCCGUGGUGUAAAUCCAAAAGCAAGCUCUUUAAACAUUCAAAAUGAAUAUCUUCAGGCUUGCAGGCGACAUGACGCACCUCAUGAGUGUGCUGGUGCUCCUGCUUAAGAUCCACACCAUUAAAUCGUGCGCAGGGAUUUCGUUAAAAACUCAAGAGCUUUACGCUCUGGUGUUCAUUACCCGUUAUCUGGAUAUUGUUACGGAUUAUAUAUCAUUUUACAAUACGAUGAUGAAGCUCAUCUUUGUGGCGAGCUCAAUUUCAAUUGUCUGGUAUAUGAGAAGUCAUAAGAUUGUGAGGAGGUCGUAUGACAAGGAGCAGGAUACAUUCAGGCAUUAUAUGCUGGUCAUACCAUGCAUUGUUUUGGCGCUUUUGGUGCACGACAAGUUUACAUUCAAAGAGGUUCUCUGGGCAUUCUCUAUUUACUUGGAAGCAGUUGCUAUUCUUCCUCAGUUGGUUUUAUUACAAAGGUCCAAAAACAUUGACAACUUGACAGGGCAAUAUGUUUUCCUUCUUGGGGCUUACAGGGGACUUUACAUCUUGAAUUGGAUAUAUCGUUAUUUCACUGAGAAACAUUACUUUCGAUGGAUACCUUGGGUAUCUGGGAUCAUUCAGACGGCUCUUUAUGCAGAUUUCUUUUAUUAUUAUUUCAAAAGCUGGAAAAACAAUGAGAAGCUGCAGUUACCGGCUUGAUUUUGGUUUGGAAUUAUUCAUCUGCAAAGGGAGUCUCCACUUUGUCGAAGCCAAUUCUUGUUCCAGAGCUAUGUAAAUCUUCCAAUUGAAGGAUAAUCUUUUUUGGAAGCAAACUCCUGUUCCAUUUUAUUCAUCUAGCUAUCGCAAUUUUAUAUUCUGAUUAGACUGCUAAAUAUUCCCAGGUAUAAGAAUUUUGUGAAUUAAAUAACUAUGCAAGCCAAUUCUUUUGUCACUAUCCUAGUACUUGGUCCUGGUCCUUGGUGAAGUACCUUUUUCAAGAUAAUAGGAAUGGGUUUGAUAUUCUUUUCAGGAAUUUAGUCUAUGUAAUCCUGUAAUUUCUAAGGCCUUCACUGGUUGAAAUCAUAACAGUAACUAAUCAGGAUGGGUUCUUUUUGCUCACCCGCUAGAGCAGUUCUGAUUGAAAUUCUGGAGAUUUCAGGGGUAGUUAUUUUGUGUUUGUACGAGAGCUUAUAGUCAAGGACCCUUCUCCAGCUACUUUCAGGUCAUUUCGGGUCAUAAAUGGCUCUGAUGUUUGAAAGGGAAUUUAUUGAAUAUAACAUCUCAGAAUUGUAAUUGUUAAAUUGACAGUGUGUGGAGAUUCUUUUUUGAUUUUCAAUUAUACAUAUUUUCUGGAAUUGGCGUUA